GGCUGCGGCCCCGGCCGGGAGGUGGAGCGCGGCUACCGCCAGCUGGUCCACUGACAACUGCCGCCAGCUGUAAGGCGCGCAGGGCGAGAGGUGGCGCGUCCUCAGCUUUCCAGUCUUCGAUUCCGCCCGCUUUCCGAGUGAGAAAGGCAAGCCUCUCUCUUCCUUGAAGCAGCGUCGCGCCUCCGCACCCACUCUGUGCUGUCUCUUUAAGAGGGCUGGCUGCUGGCAGAAUGGACACCCUGGAGGAGGCGACUUGGGCCAAUGGGAGCACAGCGCUACCCCCACCCCUGGCACCAAACAUCAGUGUGCCUCAUCGCUGCCUGCUGCUGCUCUAUGAAGACAUUGGCACCUCCAGGGUCCGGUACUGGGACCUCUUGCUGCUCAUCCCCAAUGUGCUCUUCCUCAUCUUCCUGCUCUGGAAGCUUCCAUCUGCUCGGGCCAAGAUCCGCAUCACCUCCAGCCCCAUUUUUAUCACCUUCUACAUCCUGGUGUUUGUGGUGGCACUGGUGGGCAUUGCCCGGGCCGUGGUAUCCAUGACGGUGAGCACCUCGAACGCUGCAACUGUUGCUGAUAAGAUCCUGUGGGAGAUCACCCGCUUCUUCCUGCUGGCCAUCGAGCUGAGUGUGAUCAUCCUGGGCCUGGCCUUUGGCCACCUGGAGAGCAAGUCCAGCAUCAAGCGGGUGCUGGCCAUCACCACAGUGCUGUCUCUGGCCUACUCUGUCACCCAGGGCACCCUGGAGAUCCUGUACCCUGAUGCCCAUCUCUCAGCUGAGGACUUUAAUAUCUAUGGCCAUGGGGGCCGCCAGUUCUGGCUGGUCAGCUCCUGCUUCUUCUUCCUGGUCUACUCUCUGGUGGUCGUCCUUCCCAAGACCCCGCUGAAGGAGCGCAUCUCUCUGCCUUCUCGGAGGAGCUUCUACGUGUAUGCGGGCAUCCUGGCACUGCUCAACCUACUGCAGGGGCUGGGGAGUGUGCUGCUCUGCUUGGACAUCAUCGAGGGGCUCUGCUGUGUAGAUGCCACAACCUUCCUGUACUUCAGCUUCUUUGCUCCGCUCAUCUACGUGGCUUUCCUCCGGGGCUUCUUUGGCUCAGAGCCCAAGAUCCUCUUCUCCUACAAAUGCCAAGUGGACGAGACAGAGGAGCCGGAUGUACACCUACCCCAGCCCUACGCUGUGGCCCGGCGGGAGGGCCUGGAGGCUCCAGGGGCUGCUGGGGCCUCAGCUGCCAGCUACUCAAGCACACAGUUUGACUCUGCGGGCGGGGUGGCCUACCUGGAUGAUAUUGCUUCCAUGCCCUGCCACACUGGCAGCAUCAACAGCACGGACAGUGAGCGCUGGAAGGCCAUCAAUGCCUGAGAGCAGCUUCCAGGGCCUGCAGAGGACAGGCCAGAAUGGAGGCCAGCAGGCCCAGUGUCCCCGGGGGAGGAGGACCAGGUCAAGGGACCUUCUGUGGGCGGUAGCCUUGUGUAGCCCUGUUCCCACCAUGAGUCUGGAGGCCCCACCUCCCUGGGGCUCCCAAUCCCCUUUGCCAUCUCUGCUCUCACUGGGGACUCUCCUCCCUUCCCAUCUGGUCUCAUACUGCUCAGCGACAUGGCCCAGGCUUUCCUUCCAGGGCCAUGCUUGGCAAGGUUGGCUGAGGGCACCCUUCUUCUCUGCAUCCUUGGCACGAGGGCAGGGCUGGCUCUCCCAAUGCCUCCAUCCCAUCCCCAUGGUGCUUUGGCCUCCUCAAAGCCCACUGUGGUGGAUGGACUGAAGUGUGUAUAUUUUCUUGAUCUAUUUUUUAAUAAAAACGAAAAGGAGCAGAA